AUGGGCUGCACUCGCGUCUUUCAGUUCGCGUCCGCGGCGGCGGUUUCGAGGUUCGAGCUCUCGACGGUGGCUCUGCGCGGCAAGGCGGUCGACGCGGGUCUGAUCCUGCCCAACGACCCCCGCGGCCGCCGCCUGCUCGUCUGCACCGGGGGACUGCGCCGCCUGCAGGAGAUCCCCGCCGAGCCCGGGUCGGCCAUCGCCGAGAGCGUGGCCGUCAUCAACUGCUGCUUUCCGAAGGAGAUCGUCAGGUACUACAGCCCGGGCUUCCCCGACACCCUGCUGGACCUCAUCGAGGACUUCGACCCGCUGGCCCCCGUACAGCGGGAGUGGCCCGACCCAGCGCCGAGGAGUGUGGCCGCCACGGCCUCCGCCACGAGCACGGCCACCAUGCUGGGUAAGCUAGUACAUAUAAGUCAAAAGGAUUAA